AUGUCUUGGUACCCGCCCUACCAGGGCGCCCCGGGCUAUCCCCCACCUCAGCAAGCCUACCCCCCGCAACAGCAAUAUCCUGGAAUGCAUCAGCAACAGCAGCAAUAUGGUGGCUAUCCCGGCCAAUCUUAUCCCCACCACCAGCCGCCACCACAGCAGCCGAAUCCCUACGGAUACAGUCACUCGCAGCAGCCGCCUCAGCCUUACGGAUCGCCUGCUCCGCCUCAAGGACACCACCAGGGACCUCCAUCGGGCUAUCAGCAGCCGCCUCCUGGUCCGCCUAUGCAUGGUCGUCAACCAGGGAGCUAUGGCCCCCCGCCAGGUGGCGGCCCACCCCCUCCUCCCAGUGCCCCCGUGUCGUUCGGCCACGGUGCUCCUCAGGGAUACAGCUUCCAGUAUUCGCGCUGUACCGGCAAGAGAAAGGCGCUGCUCAUUGGAAUCAACUACUUUGGACAGAAGGGUCAGCUUCGAGGAUGUAUCAAUGACGUGAAGAAUAUGUCGACGUACCUCAAUCAAAACUUUGGCUAUGCCCGUGAGGACAUGGUCCUCCUCACCGACGAUCAACAGAAUCCCAUGAGCCAGCCCACCAAGGCGAACAUACUGCGUGCAAUGCACUGGCUGGUCAAAGACGCGCAGCCCAACGAUUCACUCUUCUUCCACUACUCGGGACAUGGUGGUCAAACACCAGAUCUGGACGGCGACGAAGACGACGGAUACGACGAGGUCAUCUAUCCUGUUGAUUUCAGAGUUGCAGGUCACAUUGUUGAUGAUGAGAUGCACCGGAUUAUGGUCCAAUCACUCCAACCCGGUGUGCGACUGACGGCCAUUUUCGAUUCCUGCCACUCGGGGUCUGCGCUGGAUCUUCCUUACAUCUAUUCCACAGCCGGAAUUCUCAAGGAGCCCAAUUUGGCCAAGGAAGCUGGUCAGGGUCUUCUGAGUGUUGUCUCAGCAUACGCGCGUGGUGACAUGGGAGGCAUGAUGUCCACUGCGAUGGGCUUCCUCAAAAAAGCCACGAAAGGUGACGAAGUGUAUGAGCGCAACAAGCAGACGAAGACGAGCCCGGCAGACGUGAUUAUGUGGUCCGGCAGUAAGGAUGACCAAACCAGCCAGGACGCUCAAAUUGAGGGCCAGGCUACAGGCGCCAUGUCCUGGGCCUUUAUCGCCGCCUUGCGGAAGAAUCCCCAGCAGAGUUACGUCCAGCUACUCAACAGUAUUCGAGACGAGCUUUCAACUAAAUACACCCAAAAGCCGCAGCUGAGUUGCAGCCACCCUAUCGACACGAACCUUCUCUAUGUGAUGUGA